GGUUUGUGACGGAAAGAUGGGGCAAAUAUACGGUUAAAGCUUACAUUUACCUUUUCUACCUGCAGAUCAAAGUUGUCUUCCAACCACGCACUGAAAAACGUCCGCCAUGGACAACGCCACCGCCAAUACUCCUACGGCGGAACCACAAGAUGCUUCCUUGGCCAUGUCCACUGUAGCUGUUGGUGAUGAAGAGACAUCCUCCUUAGCGUAUCAUGAUUGGAGGGCAUUGAUCCCAUCAAUCUUGUCGGACCGUGGCCUGACUUGUACCGAGCAGACCAUGGAGUCGGCGGCGUCACUACUGGAACAGGGAUGGCUGGGGAAUUUUACUCAAGCCAGCAGCUUACUGUCAACACAAGUAGAGGCUUCCUUGAUGGAAUCAUUCAUCGAAGACGACUACGAUGGAGCUCUGCAUCUUACGACACUCGAUGACGAACAAGGCAAACCGGUUGGAUUUGUCUUUUGGAGACAAGUGCCAGAAGACGAAAUGAAAGAUUGGAUUCAUUGGGAAAAUCUACAAAAGAAAUUGAGGGGCGAGCAGCAGCAGCAACUCAAACAAGCACAACCCGAUAAAGAGGAUCAGGAGGUUCCCGUAGAAGAUGGUCUGUCCUCUUUGCCAAAUCACUCCAAGAGACGGCGGAUGCGACAAUCGAUUCAAAUGGUGCGGGGUGAAAGCAUUCGUUGGCUCGAAGUGGCCUCUUCAGAUGCCGCCAGACGAAAUAGCUUGUUGAGAUCCUCCACUGCUCCUUUGGAAAGAUUGACGCAUUCCUGGGUCAAGAUUGAACUCUUGGCCGUUCAUCCCGAUCAUUUCAAGCGCCAUAUUGGAACGUUGCUCAUGGCGUGCGCCAUGUAUCGAGCCUAUCAAAAGGGAGACGAUCACAUGAUUUUGCAUGUGGCAGGAGGACACGAAAAUGUUCCGGCAUUGAGACUCUACGAAAAGUUUGGGUUCUUACCCGUUCCACAGGGGACUGUCUUUCACAAACCCGACAAGGAUUUGUUCGUGUUGGGGCAUGUGGGAGAGUCCUUGCAGCGCCUCUGUUGGCCAGCGUUAGAGGUCUAACACCGAAAGGAAAACCAAACCAAUAAAUACAAUCCUUCAUGAAAGAACUUAGCUUGGCUUGCUAGCUAGUGACAUGAGUCGAGUCCUGUCUGCAGGCGUGCACUUGUGGGAGGCUGAGGUCUUGUUGUGUCGUGGGAAUUCUUAGGAUUCUUUGGGAUGGCGCGAUUUUUGCUUUGCAAUGACAUCCAACGACCGCAAGAACGAGCUGCCGAUUCGAUUCCGCCAACUGCUGCGAUCGUUGGUACAUGAAGCUUAUGUCAAUGUUGGGUUUCUCCCGCAACCUCUCAUGAUCGAAUUCCGACCAUGCCGAUUGCCAAAUGAGGUUUCAAGCGAUUGCAAGCUCAGGAACCAAACCAGACGAAUGAAGAGUAUGUAGCUAGCUACUAGGGUGUAUGGCUAGAGGGCGGCCUUUUAAAGUAAAAAGAAGUUGAUUAUGU